GCAGCCCCCGCGGUAUUCUUGGAAGUGAACCUGGGCGGGUACUUCUUCCACUUUCGCGCCGCGGUCCACAUGCACGUGGUCGACUUGGACCUCGGUCAGCGGUGCGGCGCCAACCCUGAGUUCCGCUUGCGGGUGGGGAAGUUAUGCGCCUUGGCGUUCAUCCCCGUCGUCGACGUCGCCACUUGGUUCGAGAAGCUGGCUGGCGAGUUCGAAAGCCCCGAGCCUCCGCUCCUGACGCACUUCGAAAAGACUUGGGUGGGGGAGAAGCGCGCCAGGGCCAGGACGCGCAAGGCGCCUACGUUCCCAGUUGACCUGUGGAACGUUCGCGACCGGGCGCUGGCGAAAAAAAAUCUCACCACGAACGCCGCGGGGUUGUUCCACCGGCACCAUGCGACGCAGUUCCACAAGGGCGCGCACCCUUCCUCCCCGACGUUCAUUGAGAGCCUGCACAAGCAGCAGAGGCUCACCAAUCGGGACAUUACCGAUGUCAUCAUGGGCGGCGAGAAGAAGGAGCGCGACACGACCAGGAUUCGCAACGACAGGCAGUUCAUCUUGGUCGAGAAGUUCUUGCGCGACGGCGACGGCAUGGCCCUCCUCACAAACAUGGCUAAGCUGCGCAUGGGGGCGACUGAG